AGGGAGAGAGAGAGUAUACCUACCAGUGUGCUGGCUGUGUUCCUCUCUCUGCUCUCUCCUCUGAAUGUACUUCAUUGGUUUAUUACGGACCGGACACUGCAGCCCAGGAGAGAAGCCGAGCAGAGCUGGGAUAAACCACAGAAGGGACAUUAUUAAAAUCCAAUGAGUAAACAACGGAAAUGAGUGAGAGUACAUCAUUUAUUCGAAUCUUCGUGGGGGUCCUGCUCAGUGCGACAGCUGCAGGUGUAUUUACCUCCUGUCCCAUUGAGUUGAGCCCCCCCAGUGUUGUGGUGAGAUAUGGAGACUCGGUGUCAGUCAACUGCAGCACAUCGGAGAGCCUAUUUGAUGGAAUUGGCUGGGAGGCUUCACAAGGAGGCAAAAGUCUAGAGAGUGUCACCCAUAUGGCCUGGACAGUGGAGAAGCUAACAGAAUGGACAAUUUCUCCCUCAUGCUACAUCAACCCGUUCCCGGAGAGUUCCUUUCAGCAGUGUCUCAAGAACCCUAAAGUUGUACUUUACACAUUCCCAGAAAACAUCAGUCUCAGCUCCAGCAGUGGCCCACUUAUGGAGAUGUCUGAAGGGGAGAAACAUAACUUCACAUGUGACAUCCAGAAUAUAGCUCCUGUUAUAAAUCUCACCGUAAAGUGGUACAAAGGAGAUGAAAUGGUCUAUGAAGACACUUUUAAAGAUCCCAGUAAGGAACCAGUGAAUCAGUCAUCUAUAUUUAGCUUCAUACCGACCAGACAAGACAACAGAGUAACAUUCAGAUGCGAGGCACACUUGGACCUCCGACCUGAAGGUCCACAACUAAAUGCAUCUUCACAAGAGUAUAAUAUUACAGUAUUUUUUGGACCAGAGGUUCAAUGUGCUGCUGUACUGGAAGGAGAAACAUUGGAAAGAAGAUGCUCUGUAAUGGGAUAUCCUAUACCGACGGUCACAUGGUCGAAAAAUGGAACAUCCAUAGAACCGACCGAGCCUUUGAGCAGGGAGAACGCAGGCAUGUACUUCGCUGUAGCUGAAGGCGCUGAAUCAACCACAACGGAACACUGGAUUGUUGUGUGGUAUAAACCAGAGUUGAAGUGUCCGAGCAAUUACACUGCACUGGAGGACGCUCCUCACAACCUCUCAUGCACUGUUGAGGGCUUUCCUAAACCUGAGGUUAUGUGGUUUAAAGAUGAAGACGAGGUGGCCCUUCCAGAAAGCUUGACAAGAAGUGAUACAGGACAGUAUGUGAUCUCAGCUUCAAACAAUCUGUCAAGUAUCAACGUCACAGUGGAGAUAAAUGUCGUAUACCCACCAUCCCAGAUAGUCGAGCUUGAAGACUCAGAAGUUGAUGUUGGUUCCGAUGUGUGGUUGAAGUGCUCCUCAACGGGGAACCCACGACCAAACUAUCUCUGGGAUUAUUAUCAGACUGCCAAUGUGGUGGAGGAAAAUGAAGAUGGAGUGUCCCGUCUGCACAUCCAUAACGCUACUGUAUACAACAAGGGCUCCUACACAUGUCACGCCUGGAAUGACAGAGGAAAUGUCUCUAAAACAGCCACAGUCACGGUAAAAGGUGCCGGGCAAGAAUGCCCCAUCGAAAUAACUCCGGAGAGGAUGGUGGUACAAUACCAAGACAGAGAGCAACGUGCGACAUGUAAUGCAACAUCAACCGACCACCCUCAUGCGAAAGAAAUCUACUGGCAGGUUCUGCAUGGUGACAAAAUUGACAGCUCGAGUUGGUCUGUUGACACCUAUAAAGACUGGGACCCAAAGCCUGUUUGUACUGCAAUAUUUAAUGUACGAGGAAUGUGCCAGAAACAUUUAAACUUCACCCUCUACAAAACACCAGACAAUGUCUCCGUUUCUACUGUGGAUAACUUGAGCUCAGUGGUGGAUGACAAGGAGUUCCAGCUGCAGUGUGACAUUACCAACGUUGCUCCUGCAGGGAACCUCGUUGUGCAGUGGUACCGAGGGAAUACAACCUUACCAAAAGGUUCACUGCGAGUGAGUGGCUGCCUGCCUGAGAACAACACAAAUUGUGACAUCAAGACUGUCCGGUCCCCGCUGAACGUGUCGUCUACCAUCAGCUUCACUCUGAACAGAAAUGACAAGAGCGCAGAGUUCAGAUGUGAAGCGAUAUUGGAUCUUGGAGCUGAAGGACCAAAGCCUCGUCCAAACAUGAUGUCCAGUCCUCUGAACAUCACCGUCUACUAUAAGCCCAGCAUUAAUACCACAAAGCUUCCAAAGAGGAUCCCAGUGUUCAGAGGUUAUCCUGAAGAGCUUGUCUGUGAAGCCGAGGGUCACCCCCCUCCGGAGAUCGAGUGGCUGUACAGCGAAGACAAAGUGCCCCACAAGUCUGGAGACACACUCAUCGUGUAUGAAGCCGGCCGCUACACAUGCAACGCCACGAAUGAAGUGGAUUCCACCUAUCAUGCAGUGGAAGUGAUUUUAAAAGGAAAGCCUGUGAGUUCCUCCUGUGAAAUUGAAUUCAGCCCUCCCAAAGUUGUGGUGAGAUUUGGAGACCCCUUCUCGCUCAACUGCAUCUCAACAUCCAACCAGAUCGAUUCAAUGGGCUGGGAGGCUAUUUACGGAACAGGUACAGGACUACAGGAUGGGGUAUCUUCAGUUGCCUUAAAAAUAGACUCUGUGAAGGACUGGAAAAUGGAACCUCAGUGCUUCGUUAAUCUCGAAAAUGGUGUUCAGUGUUCAGAAACCCUAAACUUCACAGUUUACAAAAUGCCGGACUUCAUCUCUCAGCCAAGUCAAAUGGACCCCAUGGUCGAGGGUGAAAAGUAUCGCUUGCAGUGUGACAUUGUAGAUGUUGCACCAAUAAGACACCUCUUUGUGGUCUGGCACAUAGGAAAUACUAUAAUCUAUAAAGACUCAUUUAAUGAUGACACUACAUUUCCAGUCAAUACUUCAUCCGUCUUAAAUCUGACUGCUCAAAGAGGCUAUAACGGAGCUCAGGUCUGGUGUGAAGCAAAUAUGUUAUUUUCACCACCGGUACAAAGCCUUCCCAAGAUCCAGUCCAAGCCUCAAAAACUGAUUGUACUGUACUCGCCAACCUUCACCAAGCCCGAAAAUGAGACGUUUGAACUCUCAGCUAGGAAUAAAAUAAUGUUGAAUUGCACUGCUACAGGAAACCCAAUGCCGGUAUACAGCUGGGGUUUCGCACACCCAAUACAACAGACGAAGAAGAAUGACAGUCAGCUCAUUUUGACCCCAUCCAUUCGGCUUCCAGGGACCUACAACUGCACAGCGUCUAAUACCCAGGGCUCCAGCACCAAGUAUUUCACAGUCAUCGAAGCUCCAAGGAACCGCACUACCUUUGCAGCCUUGGUUGGAGGAUUUGUGUUCCUGGGAGCCGUGCUCUUCAUUGGCGGUCUUCUUUUUGUGAAACCUGAUGGCACGUUUUCUUUCAGCAAACUUCCCACUCUGCUGUCAGAGACACACUUUUCCUGUCUGAAGUCUGUGUCCUGCACGAAAGCUGACUCUAACCCAGUUCCCUGCAGAGUUGCCAAGCUUGUACAAGUUGGAAUUUGUUUCUCUCUCUCGCCCCUGAAUCGACGGCUCAGUGCACAAGAUAACAUGGGAAUCACAUUUUUUAGAUGGAUUCUGACACUUUGCAUGAUUUACUCCGUGUCAGGUGAAGGUUGCUCCCUGGUCCUGAAGCCCUCCAGGGUGGUGGUGGGCUUUGGGGAGCCGGUGUCGGUCAGCUGUGAGGCCACUCGCCCGGUUCGGGUCCUGGGCUGGGAGUCUGUCAUCAGUGCUGCACACACUCAACAGGACCUGUCCGUCCAGUGGAAAGUAGACAGCCUCAUUGAUUGGAUAGAGGAGCCUAUCUGUUAUGGUGUGUUUUUCACAGCUCCCAGACAGUGUGAGGAAAAACUCAACCUUGUCCUCUACAAAACCCCAGAUAGUGUCUCCAUCAGGCCUGUGAACCACUCUGGCCCCAUGGUGGAGGGAAAAGAGUACCAGUUACUCUGCGAGGUUCAAAACAUUGCUCCGGUUCAAUACCUAACCCUGAGGUGGUACAAGGGGCAGACUGAGGUAUACAACCACUCCUUCACUGAACUCACAUCAUCAUCUCCUGUCCAAGUGUCGUCUAUCCUCAUGGUCACACCAACAAAAGCCGAAAAUGGAGCACAGUACAGGUGCGUAGCGGAGCUGGAGCUCGGACCAGAGGGACCACAGCCCCCCCCCACUGUGACCUCGGAGCCUCUCAAUGCCUCUGUGUACUUUCCUCCUACUUUCCUCGAUCCGGUACCAGCGGUCUUGGACCUUACAGUAGGUGCUGAAAUGACCUUAAACUGCACCGCCACAGGGAACCCUAUGCCCGUGUACAGCUGGCAAUCCUCCAAUCCCAUUCCCGAGAGGAUGGGCGAUGAAGCAGCUCUUACCUCCUCCUCACUGCUGCCAGGGACCUACACAUGCACAGCCUCCAAUACACUGGAGAAGAAGAGCAAGCAGUUUAUCAUCAAGGCCAAGACCAAAGGUGUUUGAAACAGGAAAUCCUGAGAAGGGCUCAGAUGACAACAAUGGACAUACAAGGAGAAUCCAACAAUGGGGAUUUUACUGCUGCUGCUUUGGAGAUGGAAAUGACCUUCAUGACUCAACAGAUAUUUAUGAGGAUCUUGCUAUCAGGCAGGAUUAGAUCUCAAUUAAAAACAAUAUAUUUGAUAUACUUUGUUUGGUAACUGUUGUUUAAACUGUCAGUAUUUUAACAUGAAAGUGUUCGUGAGAUAGAUUGGUUAUUUAGGAUAUAGUUAUGCUUUCAAUGUGAUAUCCUUUCUCUAAUUUAUAUAUUUGCUAGAUCUAUUUUCGUAUUAAUGAAAUUAUCGUGUAAUCUUACCAAUGUGUAGCUACUCUUGAUAUAAAAUGAUGACGACAUUAUCAUUAAUGUAUGCUGGAAAUUAAUUAGGGAACGUUAAAGAUCAACCGGCCAUUACUGUAAAUAUGAAUUGUUAAUUUUCUUAUCUUUAUGAAUAAAAGUUAAAUGAAAAAA